AUCAGUCCCAUUUUCUACAUCAUCAAACGAAGAUGAUAAACCACAGACGCAGUCUAGUUUGUUUUGUAAUUGUAUCUACAUUUAUAAUUUUGGUUUUAUGCGAUGAAACUCCGGAAGAGAUUAAGAGACAGCGUGCUUUUUUAAUAAGAAAACAUUUAAAGCGAUUGAAAAAACAAGAGGGAGGUAUAAAGUUGGUAGGUGGUAGAGGCGAAUUUGAAGGAAAUGUGGAGAUUCUUCAUGAAGGCACCUGGGGAGCAAUUUGUGACGAUGAAUGGGAUAUAACUGAAGCAAAUAUAAUUUGCAAACAACUUGGGUAUUCUGAAACAAAUGUUCAACCGACUGUUAACUCUUAUUUUGGACCAGCUAGAAGAAAAUACUGGAUGGACAAUAUAUACUGCGAUGGGACCGAAAAAGAAAUAUCUUCGUGUAGGUUUGAUGGUUGGGGUCAACAUGAUUGUACGUCCUCGGAAGCAGCAGGUGUCAUUUGUGAAAAACCUGAAAAUGUGUUGAAAAAGCGACUCACUCCGCAUAAAAAAGUAAUGAGACGUUUGCCUCAAAAUUUGAAGAUUCGAUUAAGAGAUGGAAGAGUAAAAACAGAAGGCAGGGUCGAAAUAAAAACUGAAAAUGAUAAAUGGGAAGUAAUUUGUGGAGACGGUUGGUCACUUCUUGAAGCUAUAGUUGUUUGCAAGCAUUUAAAUUUAGGUUAUGCAAGCGACGCAAUGCAAACCACAUAUUUUGGAGGCAAUCUAACAAAUAACAGUUUAGCGGGUAUAAAGUGUGUUGGAAAUGAAUAUUCUUUAUCUCAGUGUAUGUAUGCAAAAUUCCAUACAGGGAGGUGCGACAGUAAGGAUGUAGCGGCCGUCUCUUGUACAAACGCGUUAGCUGACUUAGUAAUUGACCACCACGAACUCAUGAGAUCCGCCCACUUAGAGGACCUACAGAUGUUCUUCCUUCAAUGUGCAAUGGAAGAAAAUUGCGCAGCUUCUACGGCAUACGACAUUCAAAGAACCAAUCCGGCAUGGCAUUUGGAACCCAGAAGACUGUUGAGAUUUACGGCGAAAAUUUUUAACGCUGGCACUGAUGAUUUCAGACCGUCAAUUCCGAAACACCUGUGGGAGUGGCAUAUGUGCCAUAGACAUUAUCACAGCAUGGAGGUUUUCGCAACAUUUGACAUCUACGACAACAAAGGCAAAAGAGUUGCUGAAGGACACAAAGCGUCCUUCUGUCUAGAAGACAAUCAAUGUCUACCUGGCACGAAACCGAAAUUCGCGUGUGCUAACUAUGGUGAUCAGGGCAUAUCUGUAAACUGUUCUGACAUUUAUAAAUACACUGUCGAUUGUCAGUGGGUUGAUAUUUCUGAUUUAAGUCCGGGGCUUUACACGAUGAAAGUAGCUGUCAAUCCAGAAUUUAAAGUGCCCGAGAUGACUUUUGAGAAUAAUGCAGCUUACUGUGACUUUUAUUAUUCGCAAUAUUAUGGAACUGUCACUAAUUGUAGUGUUCAAAGACCAUAAAAUAUGUAGAACAAAGAAAAUUAAUUAUCAGUACAUCAAAAAUUAAAAAUACUUUAGGUACCUAUGAUUUUUUUUUUAAUUUUGUUUAGAUUUAUAUUUAAUAUGUUGGUGCUAAAAUGUAAAUAUGUG